AUGUCUGAAGGAAUCCAGAUUACGAUUCCAGAUUUUGAGGAUGAUGACUAUAACUCCUCUACAAUCCCUUUCGGUCGGUCUGCUGGGAACCAGUUUGGAUUUGGAGGAGGAUUUGGGGCGAGCGCCAAUGGCUCAGGCCAGGAUUCACCUAUGUUAAUGACGCCGACCGCGGACAACAGAAGCUACUUCAAUUCCCAUGCUAGAGGGGACUCUGUCACGUCUGUUGACUCCACGAAUUCUGCCACUGCGCGGUAUCCUAACAGGUCUCAGACCUCUUUUGUUCAUUCGUCACAUUCCUCCAUUGCGGCUUCCAGCUCUUCCAGCUUUCCCAAAAAGUCUUCCUUUGCUUCCUUGAGGAAUGCCUUCAAGAGCGGUAAGAAUACGGAGCUACCUCCCGUACCGUCUCUUGACUAUCAGUCUAAUUCCGUGCUGAAGAAUGCUUUCAACCGCUCCACCUCUUCCCUGAACAAUGUUUCACCGAUGCCAACCUCUGCAAAAGGUAUACCACCCGCUAUGAGUCCCCAAUUUGGUAGACCAGCUACCCCCGCUUCUGCCGAACCUAGAUACAUGCGUGGUUUACCGUCUACUAGAUCCAAGAGCCAUUCCUACGCCAAGUCGUACCACUCUCAGUCCGGUUCCAUAUUCCACAUAUCUGAUACUGGUAGCGAUGGGCAUGGACAGUUUUCAUCUUCCCCUCCACCUGUGCCGCGAUUCCCAAAUGGCAUGGUUCGCUCCGAAACGCCAGAUUUUGAAGAAGACAAGGUAGUCAUGGAUCCUAAGACGCCUUCGGACUAUGCACUACAUGCUGUCUUCAUCCGGUUUGCUAGCUUGGCUGAAGGGAAAAUCGAUACGUUUCUACGGCAAAGUUUGGAACAAGAACCUUUGCUGACUCGUUUCAUGGGGCCUGGUGUCGAUUCGGCGUUUGACGAAAUUCUAAACUCUUUAGGCAAGAUUGCGCAGAAGCAUGCAAAGCCUGUCGUUGACUCCGUUAUGCGAUGGCGAAAAAGUCAACUGGAAAAUGUCGGCUCGGACAUAAUAAGGUUUCACAUGGCUCAGUCUCCUCCUGGCGCCGUUCGCACAGUGCGCACGACGGGCGUUCCUGCUCUGCUCAAUGAGCGCAAGUCACUGGCAGCGAUUUAUAUCAUGUGCCAUGCUCUAAUCGCGGUACUGCAAUCGUUACCGAAGGAUGGGCUAGGAGAGGCCCUGGGCUAUAGUCUGGAGAAGACCACUUUCGAACAGUUCAAGAAACCGGACCUCAAGCUUCUGUUGCAGUCUGCGAAUCAUCGUACUAAUGCAGAGUUGUACGCCACCAUGCUGGGACACUUGGCUAACGUCAGAUUUGUGAGCAUUACAGAUCGGUUCCUUUCGGAAUUGGGGCCGGUUACUCAGGGCCAAGUUACUAAAGAUGACAUGAAAUUUGAGAAUCUUGUCAAAGGUAUUAAGCACGUGAAGUUGAAGGUUUGGCCUCCGGAGGAUUUUGAAGAAGGUGCUGAGUUUUUGGAGUCUUUCGCGAAAUCCUUUGCCCAUGCCCAUGGUUUCAAAUUAAAGUCUGCAUUUGCUGAGACUCUAGUACAGAUCUUGCAUCCGAUAGGAAAGACUGCUCAGGCCGAAACUAACAAUCCCAUGUGGGCCAAGGCGAUCGAGAUUAUCUAUCCAAAAGCAAAAGAGAUGAUGUCAAAACCGCGGUAUUGGAACGUGGCGUUUCCCCUGGUAAUCACCAGUUUAUGCGUUGCUCCAGAAACCUAUUUCCGGAAGCAUUGGGUGUCGUGCUUUGAAUCAAGCUUGUCCAAGCUCAAGGAGAAAUCCCUUCGGGUUCCAAUCAUGAAUGGUGUCAUCCGCUUGAUGUGGACAUACCUCUAUCGAUGCCAAGAAUCCGCUUCCACGACUACCACCAAGUUGGACAACCUACUCAAACACUUUUUCCCACCGAAUCGGCUUACCAUUUUCCCUCAAGAUGACGGCCUUGACCCACUGAUCUACAUCACCCACUUCAUCUUGUCGCGACAUUUCGAUUACGGGAGAGACCUCUGCUUUGAACUUCUCCAAGAAUCCGCCAUCAAUUCCACCAAUCUUUCCGGAGGAAAUGUCGCCAAUGUCCUGGCCUUCGAACGAAUGACUGUUGCCAUUCAAGCAAUUAUGCUGUCUUUCAGACUUAUUGAGGUGGAAGCUUCUGCUCCCUCCUGGCCUUCUAGCAGCGACUUCUUUUCCCCGGUCCCCACUGAAGAUUAUAGUUCAUCAUCUGAAUGGCUUCCUCUCUCCGUCUUGUCCAGGUCAUCGUUGCAGGACGUGUUCGAUCGCAUCGGUUCGGUCCUUGUUAUUGUAGCGAAGUUCUGCUCUAACGCAGUUGGUUCAUUUUCCGUUCUCGAUGACCAAUGGGCGUAUACGAGUACAUCGUAUGAGGAAACUCAUAAUCUUAUUGUGAGGCGCCAUCCGGAAGGAGUUCGUAUUGCCUAUCUCAAUCAUUUUCAGUCCCAGAUCAGCACCUUGGCUGCAUGUUUCCAGACGUGGCCACGAUUCCUGCAUUCAUCGAUCUCCAUCUCUGACGCCGUUGACAUGCUCUUGCGCGGUGUCAUUCAUAUCGAGCCUAUCCUGACUGAAAUUGCCGGUGAAGCUGUACGACGCUUCAUGGCAGAUCCCGUCCAAGCUCUCGUAGUUCUUACGAGAUACAACACCUUUCUUUUCAAUCCUCCGCGUUCCUUGCAAGAUGGUAUUGGGAAUAAGUUGCUGGUCGAGUCGGUGCAGCUGUUGUCUUUGUGGGAAGAAAUCGUUGAAAAAUGGAUCAUCGAUCUCAUGCAAUCGCCACGAGAGUCCUAUGUCAAGGAAGAGAAAUCUAUUUGGGCAACGUGUCACGAACUCGAGGCAGACGUUAUGUUCUUAUUGACGCAUGAGGCAAGCGGAAUCCACGACACGGGUGCGAAGAUCGCCAGGCUUUUGUCCCAGCUAUCUGAAAAGCUGUGGCCUGAAUCGUCAAAUCAUCCUGAUGGUUUGAUGUAUUACAUAUCGCUGCUUUGCAAAAGCACUGACAACUCUUACUUCACUGGCUUCGAUGAAUUCCUUGACGAGGUUGACAUUGAUCGUCUACGACAAUGGCGGGAAUCCAAGAGAACUGAUAAGCUAUUGAGGGUAGCUGAAAGCAAGACGGACAAGGACCGGAAGCUAUGGCGAUUUAUAUAUUCGACGUUUAUGCACACCUGCGCGGACAACGCUGGACCCACUCUUACAGCGUUCCGGGACACUGUUGUAUUUGCCGCUUCCCGAUAUCAUUCUACCGUGUCACAUCUUGCAGGGCUGACAGGGAUAAACACGCGGGUGCCGGUUGGUCAGUCUAGGCCGCCAGAUGGGUUUCGCAAGGUCAAAGACAACAAAGCUAUUAUCGACCAAUGGUAUCUUUGGGUCAAGAUUCUUAGUUCGACUGCCACACUCCCCGAAUCCUCACGACCAGCUUUUACACAGCUGGGUCGAGAGCACUCCCGAGCGCCGUCAGAUGUUAGCUUUGAGCGCGAGCGUCUGACGACGACAAGGGGCUUAUUUCGUUAUCUGACACCAUUUUUAGACUCGGAAUAUGUUGCAUUCCGUGAUGCAGCCGUUCUUUGCAUUAGUUCUUUCCCAUCCAGCGCCUAUCCUCAGCUUCUGGAAGAUUUGAGUCUUCUCGUAGGACGUCAAGUAUAUGAUGACCCUCGAGGCAAGGCAGGCAUUGCAGUAGCGGUGGAACAGAACAUGGGCAUUCUCGCUGCGCGCUCGCCUAAUGAUACCAAGAUUGGAGUUGUUUUUGGUGACAGAAGCCGUCGACAGGAACGUCUGCACGCAGCUGUCGCCAGAAUUUACUAUCUGACAGCCCAUUAUCUGCCACAACAACGAUCGACGGGAAGACAAGCUGCAUUAGCGAACGUACUCAAAUUUGUUCGUAAUACCCAGGCAUUCCUGGGCGCUCCAGAAAAUCGGGACAGCCACAGUUUCCAUCGACUACGUACUUAUUUCUGUGGUAUUGUCGAAAAGGUGUUUGAUGGUCUCUCUACGCUGGAAGGUUCCGAUAGAUUCAUUCCAGGGAACACCCAUCUUGCCCUCUAUAGACUGUGUGAGGAGUGGUGUAUCCUUGGCCCUCAGUCUGAAGUAGUGAAGCAGCGCUUGGCCUCCAUGCAAAGGACUGCGGCGUCAGACCUUCAAUCUGAGGGUGGCAAUGCAGUCGAGACAUUUAAGAAAGAGUCCGAUCUCUUAUCUUAUGCAGCCAUCGGUGCGUUGGCAUCAUUAUGUCCUAAGGCUUUCUCUCCGCCUGGUGUUUCGUCUGGGUCACCAUUAGAACGUUCUUCGUCGGAGAAUCUCAAGCCUCUGACCGCAACUGCUGUCCUCGAUCGGCUUAGCUCGAUUCUUGCAUCAGAACAUGUCCCAUCGCAGGAUCGCGGCAAGCGAGCAUUGAAAGCACUGCUUCUCGCGAACCCCAAAGAGUCCACUCUUCUUGUUGAGUCGGUGAGACGCGCUGUGAUUGGCGCUGAUGACAGCGAAACAUGCAGUAGCCGCUUCUUUGAGGUCGUCGUGGACAUGGUCCAUGAUACGGACGCCCAUGGCUUUACCUUUGCCCAGAUCGUGUGUCUAGGACUGUCGAACCUCUGUCAUCAACGUAUCGAGGUUCGUCGUCAAGCUUUCAGUAUGCUUGAAUCAAUCCAUCGCCAAACAUCCGACCUACUCAGCAUGUCACAAUUGGAAGCAACGGUUGAAAGCUCAGCGUCUGCCAUGUACACUCAUGCGCAUGCCUUGGUAUCCGAAUUUCUUGCUGGAGCGCACCCAGAAGAGGCAUUAAACAUACUUUCGGAGUUGGGAACAUGGCUGCCAAGUAUGCCAGCGUCACCAUCCACUGUCAUUCUCCUCCUCUUCCAAAGUUUGGAAUUCUGGAUUUCCAAUAUUCCCCUCAUGACAGACGAUAAAAUCGGCCUGCGGGAACAUGGCCAUUCAGCGCUCUACCAUCUGCUUUGCCUAACCUUACGGUAUGCAAAAUCGCACACUGAGCAAGUCAUGGCUCUCUGGUCGAAGUUGGUCGAGCAUCCCCAUGAAGCAAACGGCCAUGCCACUGUUCGGUUUCUUGUGGAACAGUCGCACAAAGUUGGAAGUAUCGUCUUCGUCAAUUGUGCAGCCAACAUUGUCGCGUGCAUCUGCCAGACAGCCAUCGGGAGGGCUAUCUAUGAAGAUUUAUGUACGGUGAUUGAGCCCGUGCGGGUGAUACCCACGAUAGACCACAAAUUGGCCUUUCCAACCGCUGGCGAUCUGGAAUUGUGGUCCGAUCUAGAUGCGUUGUUUGCAGAUAAGCAACCGCGACUGUCUUUGGGUGGCGCUCAGUUCGCAUGGCUUUUCCUCGCUGAUGUUGCUCUGCAACGGUGCUGGGAGCUUCGGCCACAGCUACCUAUCCUCCUUCACUCCAUUUUUAUCCACAUCGACCAUCGGACUCCUUUUGUACGGCAUAGAGCACAGUAUAUGUUGUUCCAGAUCUUGCGGUCGUGGGCCCCCGGUUACGAUGAGCUCCAGGAUCGUUCCUCGGAUCGGAGUCGCGCAUCCAUCAAAAAAGCUAUCAAUGACAUGGAAUCGGAGGCACCAGUAAAGUAUUGGAGGGAAGAUGAGACAAGUCGGGAAUGUGAACCGAAGAUGACGUGGUUAUGUGACCGCGUUUUGGCCAUUCUAGAGCCACUUUGUCCGGGCAUUAGAGAAGCCUGGGGUACACUGGCUUUGGAAUGGUGCACUCAAUGCGCUUUUCGCCACCUCGCUUUCCGGUCCCUGCAGACUUUCAGAGCACUCAUGCCACACACCUCAAUAGGAGACCUCGCUAGUCUUCUUGGCCGACUUUCUCUGACUAUAGCGUCUCCUGAGGAUGGUGUUCAAUCAUUCGCGUCGGAGAUACUUUUCACAUUCAAUGCACUCGCCGCUCAUGAGAAUUUCAACGUUUCGUUGUUUCCUCAGAUGUUCUGGUGUGCAUGUGCAGCUCUCUCCACAACGGUUGAGAAAGAGUUUUAUAAUGCGCUCUGCUUUGUCAACACUCUCCUGAGCAGGGUCAAUCUCGAUGACCCAAGCACAUCCGAACUCUUCCUCAAUCACCGACCGAAAGAUUGGAUUGGGUCAUCCGGUCUACAACCUGCACUGCUUGCUGGCUUACGCUCUUCGGUGACCAGUACGAAAACCAUGGAAAUCCUGCAGACCAUGACAGUGUUCAAGGACGAUACACUGAUUGAUCCUACGGAGGGACGCGUCCGUGAUCUGUACACAGUUUCAUUGCCUUGGUUUCUUCAUGCCAUGUCUUCUGAUAAAGGUCUAAUUGAUGAAGACUUGUCGCGUUUCGCGGAGAACAUCGGGGAAUUGGCGAAACAAGAGGGUAGACAAAGCAUUGGAAAGAUCAUGUCCUCUUUUGCGAAAGGCCAUUUUAGGACACGAGACGACUUUCUACGUCAAUCAGUGGCUAGCUUGCGAGAGCACUACGGGGCUACCUCCUGGACGCAGAUAGUGACCCUUCUUUUGGGACUGGCAUUGAACCAGGAACGGUGGUUGCGCAUUCAUGCCAUGCAGAUCGUGAAAGUUCUUUUUCAACAAACCCGAAGCCCUGUUGAACGUCUCGGUUCGGAGAUGCUUAUGCCGUUGCUACGACUGUUGGAGACUGAUCUCGCACCGCAAGCGCUUGAUGUCCUAGAGGAGCCCAUGACUAUGUCUGGAGGCCUGGCGGCAAAGCAUGUACUGAGGAUGAGCAUGCAUGCUCGUAACCUUAUGAAGGAGGAUCAAUCCGCAGCGAUCGUCUUUGGAGUUCCAGAAGACUCUGGGUGGUGCGUGGCUCAAGCAGACACUGUGCGUGAAACUUGUCGUGCCAAUAUGAUGGGUGUUUUCGACACUUGUUCGAUGCCAUCACGACCGUCUCGUAUUGACUUCCAACCAGAGGAAGUUGAAGCCCUCGUCACACGCAAACCUACAGAGGAAGACUUAGGUGGUCUUGUGCAGAACCUGCAUGAUCUCACGACAUUCUUCCAAGAUGAACCAUCCCGCCCAGCCCCCAUGUCCGUACCCAAUCGCAGAUUAGAAGCCCGUGUAGCUGCUAUCCUCGCGAAGUCAACUGCUCCUGAAGCGAUUUCCGAUGUACCUCCAACCCCCUUUGUUGACGUGUUCCGGGUUAGCGCAGUGGAACGCUCAGACGAUGACUCGGACGAAUUUUCUGACAGCGAUGAGGAAGCGGAUGCUUUUAUUUUUGAUUCUAACGUUUUUCAUAGUGUUCCAAAUGGCUCUCGAUAUCAUUAG